AUGUCAAGACCUGUUGCUGUCCAUCGUUGUAGGUUUGUUGACUAUACGCCAUCGCCGAUCACGGCUCUCGCGUUUCCUCCCCUACCAUUACCAUGUCUCAAAGGUAAGAAACGAGAAAGGGAUUCAAAAGAUAAGUUCGGCACACUUGGUGUCGGCCAUGCCAAUGGCAACAUCGACCUUCUCGAAUGGACUGCAGAGGAGGGAGAGAUCCAGGCAUCCCAAGCUUGGCAAGUGCGUAAGACUCUUCCAGGUCCAUGCCCAUCAAAAGUAGAUUCGCUAGCUUUUACUCUACGCUAUCCGGACAUAUUUCCAUCGGACACAGUACCAUCGUGCUCUGAUCUUCGUCUUUUCAGCUCAGGUGGUGGGUCUGAAUUGCUAGAGUGGGACAUAUCUCGCAGCUGUGUUCGCAGAACCAUUAGUUCCCAGGGAGGUGCCAUCUGGAGCAUUGCAGCCAAUCCUGCUUCGACACUACUUGCCCUGGGUUGUGAGGACGGGUCUGUUCGCUUGCUAUCCCUAGUUGCGGAUACUUUGCAGCAUCACAGGCGAUUCGAUCGCAUAAAAAGUCGCAUACUGAGCAUUGCUUGGGGCCCGCCAACACCUCGACCGCCAAAACAGCGGACGGCGAAGAAGACUGACAAUGGAACGGAUAGUGAUGAAGACAGCGAUGACGAUGAAGACGAGUGGAUCGACACAUGGCUCGUCACGGGUGGCUCAGAUAGCAGCUUACGGAAGUGGGAUGUCGCUACUGGCAGAUCGACUGACCGCAUGGGGACAGACAAAAUGAAAGGUGAACGGACACUUGUCUGGACAGUUGGCGUGCUUGCCGAUGGGACCAUUGUUUCUGGGGAUUCUUUAGGUACAGUGAAGUUCUGGGACUCCAUGACUUGCACGCAAACCUGCAGCUAUCCGGCUCACGGAGCUGACGUGCUUUGCCUUGCAAUCGGUCCCGAAGGCACAUCCGUAUUCAGCUCUGGUGUCGACCAAAAAAUUGUGCUGUUCUCAUGUGUUCCCACCGCUCCAGAAACUUCUUCUGUGUUGCCCUCCGCCCCAGCACGAUGGAUUCAGUCUGGCUCACGUCGUGUGCACUCGCACGACGUUCGGUGUCUUGCGGUCUGGCCACCUUACUCCCCCAUACCCCCAUCUUACAAGCGAAAGCCCUCUGCAAAUACGACAUACAUCGCACCGGUCCUAGCUUCUGGAGGACUGGACAUGUCUAUUGCCCUCACUCCCGCGCUGCCAGCCAGCAUGACUUCAUCUUCCAUUGCCCCUCGCGUUGUCAACCCUCUCACAACAAGAGUCUCCACGACUUUCGAGGAUUCAUACUAUCGUCGCAUCGCAUACACCGCAGCAAUAUGUGUUUCUCGCAGAGCGCGCCUUGUGGCAAGCAUGCACGAAACAGGCGUCAAUAUAUGGCGAGUUCUAGGCAUCCCAGACUCGGAUGUGAUUGUGGAUGGCGUUGAUCCAUCGACUGAUCCUGAAACGCGGACUUCUUGGGAAAAGGUGCUCGAGAUGGAUCUCAACGUGCGCACGAAUCUUAUCGCCAGCGCGUUAUCCGAUGAUGGGCGUUGGCUUGUCGUGUCUGACCUGUACGAGACCAAGCUUUUCGAGCUCAGCUUCAAUCCUGCCGGCCUCCUCAAAUCGAGCCGGGUGCGGACAUUCGCAUCAAUAUUGGAGAAUCGAAUCACGGCACAAAGCUCUCAGAAUCCUGUCUCAACCGGUGGAUCAUCGUUUACAUUCACCCCAGACUCCUCGAAAUUGAUCAUGGCCUCUGCAAUAACGUCGCUCAUCCUUGUUAUCGAUCUCAGCUCGGAAGCUCCCACCGUACUUCGGACAUUCAAUCAACAUUGCAACGCUGGGUCGAUCACAAGCGGUAGAGUGGUGCGGGGAAUUAACAAAAGCAUCUCAGACGAGGAGUCGGUUGGUGGUAUAGAUUCUGUCGCUAUCAUGAAGAUGGCAGUGAGUCCCGACGGCCAGUGGUUGGCCACAUCCGACGACCUCUGCCGGAUAUUCAUCUUCAAUCUCGAUUCCAUACAACACCACACUACUUUGCCGUCGCUUCCUCUCCCACCCAGCGUCCUAGUUUUCCUCCCCGACAACCCGCAAAUCCUCCUUGCCGUUCUUCCCAACAACACAAUCCAUAUCUUCCACGUAGAACACGGUGAAGUGCCAUCAUGGGGUCGGGAGUUCAAUUCUCGUCUUCCAAAGCAAUUCCUCAGCGCCCCAGAUCCAGUCAUCGGGGUCGCGUUCGAACCCCUUCCUUCUUCGUCGGACGACGAAAUGACGGGUAUCGCGCCUCCCUCAACCAAGCCCAAAGAGGCUAUCUUUUGGGGGUCCUCGUGGCUUUGCAAGCUUGAAUUGGACUGGGAAGGCAAGUACACUGGCCAGUCACGGAAACGCCGCAGGCAGACCGGCCCGGUCGCAGUAGGAGAGAUGGCUAGUGAAAGGAAGUUGCGGAUGGUGACGAAUUAUCGCCCCAUCUUGGCACUCGAUUUCCUUGGACCUGGGGAGCUGGUGUUGGUGGAACGGCCGCUGGCAGAUGUGUUAUCAAAAUUGCCCCCUGCAUUCUUCAAGCCGAAAUAUGGGCAGACUUAA